AUGGAUGACGAGAAGCUGCUGACCAAGGCCGGUGUCAAGCGCCGCUCAUUUAAACGGCAGAAGGCGCACUCUGUCGACACGUCCGAGCGUCCACCGCAGUGUUCGUGCGCACGUGCCGACGGCAUGGCGUCGCGUCGUCCGUCCGGCCGCAGGGAGGCGGACGGCCAGGGCAGCCGUGGCCGGCUGCCGCGGCCCGUCCGGCUCGAGGAGCCUAUCCCGGAGCAGGAGCAGGAGACGCUGCUGGAGCGGGAGCAGGAGCAGGCGCGGGCGCCGCCGGCCGGCCGCGGCCCGCCGCCGCGCUCUCGGCGGGCCCCGCUCAUUCGCUCCUCGUCUCAGCCUUACAGUCGCUUCGCCGCGGACAAUGACGCCAUGGAGCAGCUGGACCAUGUAUUCCGAGCCGCCGAUCAGGACAACUUCAAAAGUCUCGUGACCGACGACCCCGAAGUCAAGCUGCCCAAGCGCUUCUCCGAAAAUGACUUCCAAG